GUCAGUCAGGUUAGUUUGAUUGGUUUGUCUGUUCCGGAAUUUGGUUUGUAACAUGUACUCUCAUCAAAUUAGUGAAAUUUGUUCUCCUCUUUUGUUGAUGAGCUAGCACACAUUGUGUUAGUGAGCCACGUUAAAUUUUUGUUCGUUUGGGUUGAUUUGGAUUAUCGAUUGCACGCUUCUCGUUCUGACAAUGGUAUCAGAGCCUUUGGUUGCGGUUUUGGGAAUUUGGCGAUGGACUGAAGUUUUGCUUUGUGGAGGUAGCUUUCAAUUCUUUAGCUUGGUUCGGUGGAGGAAUUGCUUUGAAGUUGACUUUGGGUAGUUGUGUUUUGGUCUCGCUCGUUUGGUGAGAAGUUUGGUUGGAGUUUGUUUGAUAGUAAGAAUGGCUGCUAUCAGUAUGAAGAUUGAGAAGUUUAUCGGAAGAAAUAGUUUCAGUUUGUCGUAGAUCAAGAUGCAAGCACUGUUGAAACAACAAGGUUUGUGGGCUCCGUUGUCUGAAAAAUUGAAGAAGAAAAGCAUAGAUGAAGAAGAGUGGAUUACUUUGGAGGAGAAAGCUCACUCUACAAUCUUGCUUUGUUUGGUUGAUGACAUCGUCACUGAGAUUGCUGCUGAGAAGACUGCCGCGAGUUUGUGGUUGAAGCUUGAAAGUCUAUACAUGACAAAGUCUUUAACCAACAAGUUUCAUAUGAAGCAACGUCUGUUCAGUUUGCGUAUGGAGGAAGUUACAUCUCUCAGGAAUCAUCUAGAUCAACUCAAUACUAUCUUGUUAGAUCUGCGGAAUAUUGAUGUUAAAGUAGACGAUGAGGAUGCUGCCUUAAUUCUGUUGGUAUCUUUGCCACAGUCAUAUGAGAAUUUUUUUGAUUCUUUUAUUGCUGGGAAAGAUAGUUUGUCUUUGGAAGAUGUCAGAUCUGAUCUAAACACUAGAGAGGUUCGACAUAAGGCGUCUGAUUCAGGGUCGAAAAAUCAGACAUCUGGGUUGGCUGCUACGAGUAGUAGGAGACAACAAUCUGGUAAUAGGAAGGCGAAUAUAAAUUCGAAUUCUGUUGGGUUGAAGGAUGAUAUAUGUCAUUACUGUAAGGAGAAAGGGCAUUGGAAAUUUGAUUGUCCUAAGCUAAAGAAAUAUCAGGAGAAGAAGGAAUCAUCUGCUGGUGUGGAGGAAGAAACUAACUCUGAUUCUGAAGAUGGUUUAGCCUUAGCAGUGAAUGAACAUGUACAUAAUCAGGAUGUGUGGUAUUUAGAUACUGCAGCUGAUUAUCAUAUGUGUCCAAGUAGGGAUUGUUUUUCAACUUAUGAGCAUAUAGAUGGAGGACAUGUUUCUAUGGCCAAUGGUGCUCUUUGUAAGAUUGUUGGAAGAGGCUCCAUCAGGAUGAGGACAUAUGAUGGUUCUAUUCGCACCUUGAACAAUAUUAUGCAUAUUCCAGAGAUUACUAAGAAUCUGAUAUCUUUGAGUCUACUGGACGACAAGGGUUUCAGUUUCAAAGGUGAAGGUGGAGUGUUGUCUGUCUACAAAGGUUCUAAGGUUAUUCUAAAAGGUGUCAAGGUUGGUGCCUUGUAUAAUCUACAAGGUUCUGUUUUGACAUGUUCUGUUGGUGAUAAGUGCACCAAACUGGUUCUGAAUGGCAAGUCUCAACAUGGGUUGGACUUGACAAAUGGUUUGAGUUGUUGACCGCCCUUAGGGGCAUUUGGAGGCAGGGGAAUUCUGGUACAACUAAUUUGGAGGUGUCUGGCUACAUCUGGCAACUAUGGUUGCGUCUGGUACAUCUGGCAUUUGGGAGAGAAUUCAAGUCAAGGUGGAGAUUGUUAGAAUAUGACUUGAAUUUGAUUUGGGUUUGUUUUGUGUUUUGUGCCUAUUUUGUUUGGGUUUGUGUUUGGUCUUUGUUUUGGCCUUUUCCUUGUAGGUUUGGAAAAGGUGUUUGGUUUUCUGUUUGGGAUUAGGAGAAGAUUUCUAUAAAUACUCUUCAUCACCCUAGUCUGUAGUAAGGUCAGUCGGGUUAGUUUGUUUGGUUUGUCUAUUCCGAAAUUUGGUUUGUAACCUGUACUCUCCUCAAAUUAGUGAAAAUUGUUUUCCUCUGACGUGGAUUAGCUAACACAAAUCGUGUUAGUGAACCACGUUAAAUAUUUGUUCAUUUGUGUUGAUUUGGAUUAUCGAUUGCACGCUUCUAUUAUGACAGUAACAUUCAAGUUCAAUGUGCUUUAUGGGCUCAUGAAAGGUAGGAUUUUCAUUGAUGUAGGUUUUCACAACAGGCUGUGAAUGCAGAAUAUUAAAGUUAUAAAGAAGAUAGAGGACAUAUUGAACUUCACAAGUUGAAAUGGAAGAGCCUAGUAUUCAACUUCACAAGAGGAAUGUGAGAUGGUUGUUUGAUAUGAUUCGGUUCAAGGGAUUCGAACUUGCUCAACAAUCAGAAUACACAACACUUCAAGGGAUUCAGAAACCGUCAAAAAUGACGAAUCUAAGGGAAAGGUCAAUCAGUAUAGUUGUCGCUUGCCAUGACCAGAUGUGAUCGUCUGAUUUGAUAAGAGCCUUGCACAAUCCUCCGGAAUCCUCGACGGAGAGUUUGUACAACAGUUCAAACUUGAACUCAGAAAUCUGUCGAUUUCUUUGAUAGAUAAAACUUGGUUGAAUGUUGGUUGAUUUUUCAUACAAUAAAAGUCAUCUCCUCAUAUAGGAGUCACUAAAUAACCCUAAAAACGAAUGCAAAACGACACUUAAAACACUAAAUAACAAGUCCAAAACGAAAAAUGAAGUUUAACCCGUCAGGCCAAAUGCCCUAUCCGCCCCAUCAAAUACCCGAUCUGGUAUUUUGAUGUCACGAACGAGUGUCCUUCUGAUCCCAAUAUCCUAUCUUGAGCCUCAAAUACCCUAUAGGGGAUUUUCACCUAGCAUAUAUGGUAUUUUUUUCUAAUAAACAUACGAUCUUUAGGAUGCUCGUUUCGUGUCCAGGAAGCUUCAAUCUUCUCACCCAACGCAUUCAUGAUCUUUAAUUGAACUUAUAAUUUGAUGUUCAAAUCCAAAUUCCCAUCUGAUAUAUUUCAAGAUGAAGAUACAAGCCUCCAAAGUAGGUACCCUGACACUGUUUCCACACUUUGCCAUUUUUCCAGCUUCUUCUUCCCCAUUUGGUAUGCCCUCCACUUUACCUUCUCUAGCCUCUAGAGCCUUCCUAUUCAGACCACGAUAUUUGUAUGUUGUUUGAACUAAAGGGAUGUCACGUGAGGUGAUCCUGGUUGCAUCAUUACCUCUCUCUAUAAAAAGAUUUAUCCUCAAAUCUUGUGGCCGCAUAUAAACUCCCUUGUAUGACUUCAACACCCAUGAGCUUGAGCAUGCACCUUGAAUGCAAAGCUUCUCCACAAACUGUUGAAGUCGUCGCCUCUCUCUAAGUCGUACCUCCUCAUAUGGCGCCUUUUAUCCAACAACAAAAUCGUGGUGAUCAUAUUCAUGAAUAAUUGGCAAAUGAUCCAUAAGUUCUGUGGCCUCAUCUCUUCCAUGGAAUUUUUUUUCCUUGUUGCCUUCCUCAAAAUUCGGUGCAAUAAAAACUAAUGCAUCAGCAAUAUAUUAGAUCGCCUCCUCAACUAGAGCUUCUAUUACAACUUCCUCAUUCAAUUGCUCUUCACAACUUUCCUCUACAGUAACUUCUUCAAUUUCCUUCUAAUAAGGAAGUGUUCUUGCU